CUCUUCCGGCGCUUCUCACUUCCGGUGGUUGAUAGAAACACAAGGCGGCCGGCGCCUCUAGGAAGAAGGAGGAGGAGAAGGAGAAGCCUGGCUGGUCUUCCCUGCCAAGUGAGAUGCUGCUAUGGCUGCUGCUAUGAACUUGGAACUUGACCCCAUAUUCUUGAAAGCUCUUGGUUUCUUGCAUUCAAAAAGCAAAGAUUCUGCUGAGAAGCUUAAAGCGCUGCUUGAUGAAUCCUUGUCCAGAGGGAUAGACUCAAGUUAUCGCCCUUCACAGAAGGAGGUAGAUCCACCCAAAAUAUCUAUUGCAAAACCAAUAUCUGUUAAGCAAGAGAUUAAGGUUUCCACAAGUCUUCCUACAGGCAGCAAUAAUGGCAAACCUGUUGUGGCCGAAAAGAUGAAAAAGGAAGUGGAAAAGCGAUCUGUUGAUAAAAUAAAACUGGAAAUCAAUGAAGCAGUUGAAAUUCCGAAGAAGCCAAGGCUAGAAAAGCCAGAGAGCCGUUCUUCCCCAAUCACAGUGCAGACUAGCAAGGAUUUGGCCAUGGCUGACCUCUCUAGUUUUGAAGAAACCAGUGCUGAUGAUUUUGCCAUGGAGAUGGGCCUGGCUUGUGUGGUUUGCAGGCAAAUGACUGUUACUUCUGGGAAUCCAUUAGUUGAGUGUCAAGAAUGCCACAAUCUCUACCACCAAGAUUGCCACAAGCCUCAAGUAACAGACAAGGAGAUGAAUGAUCCCCGCCUUGUGUGGUAUUGUGCCCGAUGUACCCGGCAAAUGAAAAAAAUGGCUCAGAAAACUCAGAAGCCUUCCCAGAAGCCAGCCCCUGCUGUAGUUUCAGUAGCUCCUGCUGUGAAAGAUCCACUCAUAAAGAAACCAGAAAUUAAGCAAAAGUUAGAGACCACACCAGCCUUUCUCGCAUUUAAGAGGACAGAGGUCAAGACUUCAGCCACUGUUUCUGGUAACUCAAACAGUGCCAGUGUCUCUUCCUCCUCAACUAGUGGCCUUACAGGGUGGGCAGCUUUUGCAGCAAAAACAUCAUCUGCAGGCCCAUCCACAGCCAAGUUGGGAUCUACAACGCAGAGCACUGCUGGGAAGCCUGUUGCAGCCUCAAGUAAUCAGAAACCCAUGGGUUUGUCAGGGUUGGCAACAGCUAAGGCAGGGCUAGGCUCAAAAUUGCCGUCACCUAGCAGUAGCACAAGCCCUGUUCAAUUGAAGCCUCUGCCACCUCUGACAUUGGGGAAAACAGGCCUUUCUCGUUCAGUAAGUAGUGACAAUGUAAGCAAAGUGGGGCUUCCGAGUCCAAGCAGUUCAGCCCCAGGCAGCAGCCAAGCUGCAGGUGGAAAUGGAAGCGGUGGAACAGCAGGCAGCAGCACUGGGAGUGGGAGCAAAUCCAGUGCAGAAUCUGGGAAUCAGUCCCCAUCUUUGAAAGGUCCUACUUCUCAAGAAUCACAACUCAAUGCCAUGAAAAGAUUGCAGAUGGUCAAAAAGAAAGCUGCUCAGAAGAAGUUAAAGAAGUAAAACAGGUAACACAAUAUAUAACAGAACUAUCAAAUGAACUUUUUGCCUUGGAAGCAUAAACAUGUAUUUAAACUCUAACCUCAAUUGAAUAAAAAGUAAUGAAUUCAUACAA